AUGAGAGAAAAAGAGUAUGUGAAGGAGGGAGGAUGGACAGCAUUAAUGUAUGCUGCCAGUGAAGGACACCUGGAGAUCUGUAGACUCCUCAUUGAUACAGGAUGUAAGAUUGACAUCACAGACGAGGAUGGAUGGACAGCAUUAAUGUUUGCUGCCAGGGGAAGACACCUGGAGAUCUGUAGACUCCUCAUUGAUACAGGAUGUAAGAUCGACAUCACAGAUGAUGAUGGAUACACAGCUUUACAUUUGGCUGCUAGGGAGGGAUAUCUACAGACCACACAAUAUCUGGUAGAACAAGGAGGUGCCAGUCCCUUGAUUAAAACACAUGAGGGUAAGACUCCAUACGAUCUAGCAGCUAAAGAAGAAAAGGGGCAGUAUAAGGAAGUGAUGGAAUACUUACAGGAACUAUCAAAUCCAAUUUUGACCAAACUCAGACAGUUAAAUAGAAAUGAGUUCCAGGAUCUUGUAGCUCUCGGAACAUUUGCUUCCUAUGAAAACAGGGUUUAUUUGUUUGGGCCUUGUAACAUUGGGAAAUCGUCGCUUGCAAGUAUUCUUAUCGGCGAGGAAAUUCCAAAGACGUGGUUUUCAACUGAUGGACUAAUUAUUCAUUUUGGAAGAAAUGGCAUCGACUUACAACAACGAAAGAUGAUUCCAUUGGAAAAAGGUAGUGGUGAUGUUUUAGCAAAACUACUUCUCGGGAAUCCAGAAUUAAAGAAACAACCAAGUCUGCAAGAUGAGAGUAUAGAAAAAAAUCCAGGUGAUCCAAAGUCUAAUGUUAAAACAAAGGGAAAUCAAUUAAAUCUAUCGAAUGUAAAUCUGGGUCCUUCAAAUCAGGAACACAUGUCAUCGAAAUCCAAUCAGGAGACAUCAAAAGACUUCAAGGAACAACCAAUCCAUACUGCUAAUUCCAUUCAAGAUGACUUAUUGGUAAAGAUUAAGAAAGGUACAAAUAUCAUGAAUAUAGCACCAUCAGAUCUGGUCGAUUUUGGUGGACAAAAAUCAUUUGAUAUGACCCAUCAGUUAUUUAUCCAGCACAGGGGAACGUUCAUUCUGAUGUUUGAUGGACGUAAAGGCCUUUAUACAGAAUUAGAAGAAUAUCCGCAAGGAGAUGUUACUGCUGCAUCUAUUCUGGAGCAUUGGAUUAAUUCUGUAUUGACCUACUGUAACAAAACUGAAGAUAAAAUGCCAAGAAUUUUGUUUGCGGCCACUCAUAGUGAUAGCUUCUCAGAGGAUGAGCAAAAGAAACUGGUGCUUAAAUUCAAAGAAGAACUGCGGAAAAUGUUUUCCUUACACAAGCUUCAUGAGCAUAUCAUGUAUGACAAUGUCUUUUUCAUGAAUGCAACGGAUGCAGCAGAUCGAGAUGUUGAGCGCUUGAAGGAUACAUUAGUUGAUAUCGCCUUUCAGCAGUCAACAUGGGGACAACAGAUGCCGAUUGUUUGGGUGCCUCUUGAUUUACAGAUAUCAGAUAUGAGAGCAGAGGGAGUAAAGUUGAUAACAAAGAAGAGACUUUUAGAGAUAAACAAAUCUAAUAAUGAAUUUGCUCUAAAUGAAAGAAGAGUAGACGAUUUCUUACUUGUUCAGCACUCAAUCGGAAAGCUGUUGUAUUUCGAUGAACCUGCUUUAAGAGAUUUCAUUGUCAUUCAACCUUCAGCAAUGGUCAAUAUCCUGAGAGCCUUUGUUACAGACAUAAUGUUUUGGCCAGAAAAAGGACCUGUUCGAGACAUACUUGAAAAAUUAUCAUCUACUGGAGUUCUAAAGAAGACAGAUCUAAUUACUCUUUGGUCACAACCAGCUUUCAAGGAAAUUUUGACCGAUAUCAGAACAAAGGAAUAUAUAGUGCAAGUCCUCCUCCAUCUAGAUAUCCUUGUAGAACCUAAAAGAUACACUGAAACGGAAGUUGCUGCAGAUUCUUUUCUAGUACCCUGCAUUGUGAAGGAAAAUAUUCCACAAAAAAUGCGCAGAAAUGCAACAGACGACAAAACACUAUGCAUAGCUUAUCAUCUGAAGGAGACAGUAGUUCCAUCUGCUUUGUCGUUCAAGCUUAUAGGGGCUGCUAUUAGCAUCUGGCCUCUGAAAGUAGACGCCUCUCGGUUUUGUCUUUAUUUUCAAGCUGCAAUUAUGGAUGCUGACAACAGAAAUGAACUUCAAAUUCAUGUUAAAGGGCAGAGAAUAUUUGCAUACCUCAUCAAUGACGAGUCAAAGCAGCUCAUAUCACCAGAUCUAGCAACAACAACACAGGAAUGCCUAACUUUGGCACUUGAACGAAUUCUUCAGUUUUACCAUCGUUGUUUUGGUAAACAAAGUCACCAUUUAAUGUCAGAUCUGUUUGAAAUAGAAGUCGGAGAAGUAUGCAAAGGCGAAACGUGCUUACUUCCAUUAUGUGAUGCUAAAACAAGAAAGUCUUGGAUAUGCAAGAAUGGAAUAGAACAUAAAACCAAAAUUUCUCUGAACUGGGUUUUCGAUAAGAAUAAAGAGACUUGUGACGAAAACUGCAAUGGUCUUGGCUCAGAAAUGCUCCUCCUAGAACCAAAUGAUCAUCAUUUCGUCCAUUUAGCACAAAUAAUGGGGAUUGAUGAGUUUCGUGAAUUCUUGAUUCAUCUAGGUAUCAGCACAGCUGAUUACGAAAAAUUGAAUCAUUGUUAUUACUCAAAUCCAAUGAAUUUUAUGUUGAUGGGGUUGUUUAAAUGGAGGGAUAAGGCAGAAAUUGACCAAUCAAUAUCAACAUUUGAGGAAUUGAUGAGAGCUCUGACAGCUAUUGAUAGAAAACAUUAUCUUUGCAAGGUACAGAGAGAGGACCAUAGUUUGAUGGUAAAAUCUCACAGUCUCCUUCAAGAUGUUCCACCAGAAGAGGUAAUUAAAGCUUUGACACAAAAGAACCUAAUAGGUGACUGCGUUGUUCACUUUGGUAUUGAACUGGGUCUUACCAGUGUGGACAUCAGUAAGACUUUGUACAAUUUCCAAAGGGAUUUAGAUGGUCAAAUACAUGAUCUUCUUAUGAAAUGGAUGAAGACAGAUGGGAAGAAACCAACAAUAUACUGGUUGAUGGUGGCUUUAAAACGUGUUCAAGCAGUGAAAGGAUUCAACUAUGUGAAGAAAAAAUAUUGUGUUGAAUAA